AUGUCAGCCAGCGUCGCCGUAGUCGCUGCUUACUUGAUGUCACUUUACCGAUUGAAUUGUCGGUCGGCUUUGGGUGUUGUACAGGGACUCCGUCAUGCGGCCAACCCAGUAGCUUCGUUACAAGACCAGUUGGAACGGUUCGAAAGUUCCGGAGGAUUGGCUGACAACUCCGUGAUCUCCUCGUCUUCACCCAACAAUCCUUCACGAGAUCCACUCAGACCCGAGACUCUACGAGUCACCUCUCCGCACAAUGUGGAAACAGAACAUGCGCGACUGAUGGACAAAUUCGGUCAGUGGCCUCGUCUAGAUGAAGACCUCCAGACCAUUCGACAGGCGCUAGACUCUUACAAAACUCUAUCGGGUUCCGGUUUCUAUUUGUACGAUGAUCCGAACGAUGCAACUGGAGCCACACAAGAGGUCAAACAUUUGAAUGAGCGUGGUGAUAUGGCCUCCUCGAAAGAGGCAGCGGAAGAACUCGCCCAACCUGUUUGCACCGCAGCAGGCGUGAAAACAAAUCACUUUUCGGAAAACGCAGCAGCACACAAUAACUCGUCUGGACGAGAUGAUGAAGGUCUGUUCAACGCGGAGCCGUUAUUUGAUGAUCCAGCUACUAGGCCCGAACCAGCUGAUACUCGGCCAACCACGAACGGAAACGGUAUUCAUGUGGAGCACCCACCGUUAUCCGAUCGUGAGAACACCGAUGACGGUCUCGAGAUCGGUCUCGAAUUGGACGAGAACGCGGAAGCGGACGAGGAUGAUGACGAAGUCCCUGGAGCGAUCGUCAUGCCGUUNAGCAGUAUACGGCAUGGAGUAGCAGCCAGUUAUCAUCACGCCGGUCUGUCCAACCGCAGUUCCUAUCGGAAUCAGAUGGGUUUUAGCUUGGUCAAUGGUGAUCAGUAUCACACAAACGCCUCUCUGAGCGAGUCCCAUGGUUCAAUGCAAGACAGUCAAUCGAAUUUGAACGAGACAGAAAAUUGGAAUUCAACACAACUGGAAAAAGCGGAAGAUCAGAGCGUUAUGUCCGGAGAUGCAGUCGAAACAUUACUAACUCACACUGUCUGCUUCCCCAAAUCCAUACAGCCUGCUGCUGCUGCUGCUUCUGAUCAGUCCGAAGGUGAUAAGCACGACUCAUUGCAGCAGAUCGAUCCCUCUAGUUACUGUUCCUUCAAGGGAAUAUUUUAA